GACGUGUCAUUCAGCAACUUAAUAUAGUCUCUUUGAUCACUUAAUAAAAUUGAACAUAAAUAUAUAGUAUCUUCAUUCACAUAUGGACAGAGUGAACAUAAUGGUUUCUGAGAGGCCUGUGGUGAUCUUCAGUAAGAGUUCCUGCAUCUUGUCCUACUCAAACAAGUCUCUCUUCACUAACUUUGGUGUGAACCCUACGAUCUAUGAGCUCGAUGAGAUUGUAAGAGGCGGAGAGAUUGAGCAAGCAUUGUCUGUGCGCGGUCAUAGUAAGGUCCCCAUUGUCUUCAUUGGUGGUGAGUUGGUUGGUGGAGCUAAUGAGAUUAUGAGUCUUCAUCUGAAGAGGAAUCUGAAGCCAAUGUUGAUCAGCGCUGGAGCUUUAUGGGUUUGACUGGAUUUAUAAUUUUGAUAACUUCCUAAUCAAGAAGGUUUUGAGGACGAAAAUUUAGCGAAUAAUAAAAUGAUGAUCUUCAAGAUCAUAUCGUGUGACAUCUGUGCUUGUGUAAUCAUUGUACAGACUCUGAACAAUUCAAUAUUAAUAAACAAUGAGUUUUGAUCC